UCGCCGACAAGUCCGCGCAGCGCAGCGCAGCGCAGCGCCGCGCCGCCGUCCUCGUCGUUUCCCGAGAGCCAGUUCGACCGCGAUGCUGCUGGACGCGGGCCACCAGUUCCCCGGCCUGGGCUCGUUCGGCCGCCACCACCCGGCGGCCGGCGACAUGCAGGAGCGAGACCUGAGCCUGGCCCAGAACUCCUUCGUGGACUCGGCGGCCCACAUGGGCGCCUUCAAGCUCAACCACGACCUGUCCCCGCCGGGCCAGAGCUCCGCCUUCAGCAGCCAGGGGCCCGGCGGCUACCCGGCGGCGGCGGCGGCGGCGGCGGCCCUGGGCGCGCACGUCACGCCGUACGCGGGCUCCCCGUUCAACUCCACCCGGGACUUCUUGUUCCGCGGCCGCGGCGGCUUCGGCGAGAGCCCGGCGGCGGCGGCGGCCGGGGGCCAGCACGCGCUCUUCGGCCCCGCGGCGGGCGCCCUGCACCCCGCGCACCACCACCACGCGGACGCGCCGCAGGGCCACAUCUUGUUCCCGGGCAUCCACGAGCAGCACGGCCCCCACGCGUCCUCCGCCGCCGGCAACGUGCUCAACGGGCAGAUGCGGCUGGGCUUGGCGGGGGAGGUGUUCGGCCGCUCCGAGCAGUACCACCACCACCACCACCACCAGGUGUCCAGCCCCCGUGCCGACGCGUACUCGGCGGCGCAGCUGCACAACCAGUACGGCUCCGUCAACGUCAACGUGCACGCGGCGGCGGCGGCGGCGGCGGCGCAGGCGCAGGCGCACCACCACCACCAUCACCACCACCACCCGGGCGCCUUCUUCCGCUACAUGCGCCAGCAGUGCAUCAAGCAGGAGCUCAUCUGCAAGUGGCUCGAACCCGAGCAGCUGAGCGAGCCCAAGAAGUGCUGCAACAAGACCUUCAGCACCAUGCACGAGCUGGUCACGCACGUGUCCGUGGAGCACGUCGGCGGGCCCGAGCAGACCAACCACAUCUGCUUCUGGGAGGAGUGCCCGCGCGAGAGCAAGCCCUUCAAGGCCAAGUACAAGCUGGUCAACCACAUCCGCGUGCACACGGGCGAGAAGCCCUUCCCGUGCCCCUUCCCCGGCUGCGGAAAAGUCUUCGCCCGCUCCGAGAACCUCAAGAUCCACAAGCGCACGCACACAGGAGAGAAACCCUUCCAGUGCGAGUUCGAAGGCUGCGACAGGAGAUUCGCCAACAGCAGCGACCGAAAGAAGCACAUGCACGUCCACACCUCGGACAAGCCCUACCUGUGCAAGAUGUGCGACAAGUCCUACACGCACCCCAGCUCCCUACGGAAACACAUGAAGGUGCACGAGUCGUCCCCGCCCGCGUCCGCGUCCGACUCCUCGCCGGCCGCCAGCUCGGGCUACGAGUCGUCCACCCCGCCGGGGCUGGUGUCGCCCGCCACCGAGAGCCAAAGCAACACCACGCUGUCGCCCGCCUCGGUCGUGCACAGCAGCACCGGCCACGGCGGCCUGUCGUCCAAUUUCAGUGAAUGGUACGUGUAGGACGCCCCCCUCCCCUCCCCGCAAACGAAGACACACGCACGCACGCACGCAUUUCACAGCACUGGACCCCCACCCCCCGCCCCCGCCGCCCCUAAAAUGAGAUUGGGACACAAAUUGUUUAUUUCAUGACUUUUUGUUGUCGUUGUGCUUCGUCCACCACAAGAGAGGAAAAGGUGUAAAAUAUUGUAAAUAGUGGCUGACUUUGGUUGUGCUAGAUUUGUCUUUCUCGGUGUCUAGAUGUUUCUUCAACGGUAGCUGUCACUCGAACUGGACUCUUAGCGCACAUAAUCCAAUAACAAUUGUACUCCAUUUUGUGAUCCUGAUCGGGCAAACUGAUUGUACUAUACUGGAAACUUUUAAACGCCUACAAACUGAAAAGCGUGCCAAAGUUGAAUACACGGACACACCACGUUGAUCAUGCCUGUGAAUGUACAUUUUUGUUUCUUUUUUUUUUUUUUUUUUUUUUUUUUUUUUAAAGAAAAAAAAAAGUUGGCCGGGCUGAACUUGUGCCGUUUUUUUUUUUUUCUGCUCUGCAAAUUGUAACAAACAAUUAUGCUAUACGUACGUAUGUGGAAGGACUGUUGAGGAAAAAUGAAACAUUGUGUUGUUUUUCCUGUAACUGUGUGUGUGUGAGUGUAAAUAGCCAACUGCCAUAUUUAUCCAUUUGUAAUUAAAUUAUGGUAUUUACUUACUACAGAUGAAACAGUAUUUAUAAAAAGAAUGUUUCUUUUUGUUUUGAACUAUAAAUAUGUAAAAUUUAAGAGCUUAAAACCCCCCGAGGCAGUUGUUUUUUUCGUCGUGCUUUUUUAUUGUUUUGGGAAAAAAGUUUUAAAGAAGUGUUUUCAUCCUAACUGUGAUAAAACAUUUGACUCCAUCUAAAUAUAAUUAAAAAAAAAAAAG